AAUCUGCACUGUGUGAGUCAGUGCUGUGGAGAGCAAAGCAGCAGCAGCAGCAGCGUGAGACACGUUUCUCUCUCACGAGCGUCAACAAUGCACAAGUGGAGGAUGGGAGAGCUGAGCUGCUAAGCAAGAGGAGGAAGUGAGCAAGCCAUAUAGAAAGCAAGACGGGCCAGAGCAGACGUAAGGAGGGAGAAAGGCAAGAAGACACAACGACAGCUUGUUUUCGAGAGUCUCCUUUUUGCAGUUGAGAGAAGGACUGUGGAGGAUCAGUGAACCUGAUUGACAGCAGUGACGAUCUAAACUAAUCCAGAGAAGGAGGAAGUUUACCGUUACAUUUUGGAGGUGGCAGCAGGUUUAAGACCCGACGUGGUGCAGGGAUGUCCUGGUUGUCUCCGGUCCAGUGGGCCAAAUGGACAUGGUCAGCAGUGACCGGGGGUGUGGGGGACGAAGGGCAGCCCACAUCCAAGGAUGAAGGAGAGGACAAUUCCGACUCUGAAGGGACCUUCGAGACUCCAGAAGCAGAGUCUCCAGGUGUUGUGAAGCUACUGAGCCAACUGGACAACUCCAACCACACAGUUCUUCCUGAUGUUACAAACCACAUUCUGGACAAGAACUUCAACCAGGACAUCAGCCCAGUUCAAUCCCAAGAGGUCGAUUCCCUGAACAACCUCACCCGCUCCUCAGCUAAUGACAACAGCUUUGGUUUGGACCAGAACCUCAACCUGACCCUCAGUAACAAACCCAGUCCUGGCCUCCUCUCCCAGCCUAAAGCCCUCCGUCCCCCAUCACUGUCCGUCCUCUCCCCGCUAAACAAACCAGAUCCUUCUGAAGUGGACGACGAGGCUCCGGUGACGUCUGACUCCAGCCCCGACUCAAAUUUGAUCCCCAGUCACAACAUUUGCGUGGAUCCUGACUUGCUUAAUGGGAACGUGAACUCUGACGCUGUGCAAUCAAACACAAAACUAACCUGUGAGACCAACAGCACAAUUAUCACGACUGCUGAGCAAGUCCAUUUCCUCUGUGUUCUGUUGAACUCGUGUAAAAUGAAGCAGAACCAGCCAAUGCAGAAGGAUUUCAGCGGGCAGGAUGACCAUCAUGGUGACCACGCCACAGAUGAGGAGAAGUUGGCGAGCAGUGGCGGUGUCAAACCAGACAAGGACGAAAGCAUUCAAGACUGCAAUGUGACAUCAAAACCUGAAGACUCAGACUGCUGCACUGUGCAGUAUGAGGAUCCGUGCAUGCUGAAGAAGAAGUCAGGAGGAAGUGAAAUGGAGAAAACAGGAAGUCAGGUCCUGGAUUCCAUCUGCAUCAGCGAGGCAGAAAAACAGGCCGUUCUCACCCUCAUUAGAGAGGAGAUCAUCACUAAAGAGUUGGAAGCCAAUGAGUGGAUGAAAAAGUAUGAGAGCAGCAAACAAGAAGUCGCUGAGAUGAGGAAGAUUGUUGCAGAAUAUGAGAAGACAAUCGCUCAGAUGAUCGAGGACGAGCAGCGCAACAAACAGAGUUCCCAGAAGGCUUUGCAUGCUGUGACGAUGGAGAAGGAAGCCGCCCUGGCAGAUCUGAACUCAGUGGAGCGCUCUCUCUCAGACGUGUUUCGGCGUUAUGAGAAUAUGAAGAGUACCCUGGAGGGAUUUAAGAAAAAUGAAGAGGUGCUGAAGAAGUGUGCUCAGGAGUAUCUGGCCAGAGUCAAGCAGGAGGAGCAGAGAUACCAGACACUUAAACUUCAUGCUGAGGAGAAACUAGAUAAGGCCAAUGAGGAGAUCGCUCAGGUGCGUACAAAGGCGAGCUCAGAGAACAUGGCGAUGACUGCCAGUUUGAGGAAGGAGCAGAUGAAGAAUGAGUCUCUGGAACAAGCUUUGCAGCAGAAGAAUCAAGAGAUCGAGGAACUCACCAAGAUCUGCGAUGAGCUGAUUUCCAAAAUGGGAAAAAUAGACUGAGAGACACUCCCUGUGAAUCAGCCACUACGGUCCCUCCAGUCCUGCCUAACAGUGACGCCCUGUGCAUGCCCCCAGCCAAGAAGCAGCUCUCAUGCCCUCUGCCAGCCCUGCAACAAAGAGACUGCUUAUGUACAGAUGUCUAAAGUAACUUUGUGUAUACUACAAUUGCACUACUUGUGAACAAAAUCAAGAUGGUUCUGUACAUGCUAACUAUUGUUUGAGUUGGGAAUCUGUAUAAUGUACGUGGUCACGUUGUUUUGUUUGCAUUUCUGCCCAUUAUGUGGCCAUAUGGGCCUCUUGUGCUUUCGUCCAUCAUGCCAGUGAACAACAACAACCUGCUUGUGACUCAACUUAAGUUCCCAGCAGCUUAACAGCUAAAUUGCCAGCAACCCCCAACAGGAUGACAUCAUGCAGGCUGGGGUUUGUUUUAGAGUUACAUCAAGGCAUAUAGUAUGUUUCAAUGGGCUUCGACAAGGAUCGUUUUAUAUUAAAGCAACAAUACAUAAAAUGUAUUUUUCUAUAAAGUAAAUAGGGAUUUUACUCUGAAAGAGCAACGCUCAGGGGUCUUGUGUGGGGCGGAAUUAGGUCAGGGUUAAAGUCAAGCUGCACAAGAACUGGAGGAAAGAAUUUAGGAUCGUUUGAAGAAAUACAGUAGUCCUCAGAGGCCUUGGUUCAUUCAGGAGUGACACUGAAAUCACAAUAAGUCUGGACCUCUAAAGCCGCAAGUAAUUCACAACAUUAGCUUUACCUGGUUAACACUACAACACAGAGUCAGUCACAGAGUAAUAUAAUAGCCUGACAAUCUUAGACUUUCCUGUGAUUAUAUAAAUGUUGUGGCUUUGUUUUGUCUGAUCCAGAAAGUCAGUAAAGAGAGUUUAUCCUGGAGUGUAAAGAGUGACCAAAAUGAACUCCACCGCUGUACGUUCAUUAUCUUGUGUUAAGAUUCCUGAACAACUGGAACAAGUUCAAACAUAUUUUGGUUUUAGAUGUUUAAAGCUAUUAUGAGAUUAGAAAGUGCUGCAAUAUGUCAAUGAGUUUUUCUUUUAAAACCAUCACUGUGUCACAGAUUAAGUUACCAGUAAUCACAUUGCCCUUUUUGUAAACUAAGAGUUUGACAGUUUUAUAAGAGGUUCUGUCUGUUGUUUACGUGUAACGAAGAUUAGUAUUUACAGCUCUGCACUAGUUAUUCAACAGAUUAAUCUGUUUUUUUGCACGUUUAUUUUCACAGCUCCGUAUUUCUUAUUAUUUUCUUCAAACACCAAUAAAACUAGUCGUGUCCAGCAGUGUUUUAGUAAUCGUUCAUGAGGCUGUAACUAAGUAUCAGUGAGUAUCGGUGAAAAUAAAAAGUAUUGGUUCUGAAUAACAAAAUAUAACAAAAACUUACCUUUUUUACAGAAGAAAACUAAUUUCUCUGCAACACCAAUGUUUAUUGAAGGCUCAACAUAAACUACUAUUUGGCUCAAUAUAAUACAGUAUUGUGAAUGUCAAGUCCAAAUUUUGGUUAAAGAUAAGAUUAGGGUUUUUGGUUCUUUACAGUUUUCAAUACUCGUUAAGUUUUAAUGUCUGAUACUCCGUCUCUUUACCACCUCGUAAACCCACUUCUGACACAAACCCACUGACGUGCCACAGUUUAUAUUCAUGCCAUUCUGAUGUAAUUUCUUUUAUAAUAAUUAAUGUUUGUAUUUGUAAAUUAGAAUUGCCGAUCUCACACUUGUGUUGACACAUUGAGGACUUGAGCGUACAUUUGCCUGAAUAAACGUACAUAUAAUUUGCUCUAA